CUGACAUCACGGAGGAGAGAGGGCGAGCGCCGCCGCUCCGCGCCCCGCCCGCGCCUGUGUGCGUGUGCGUGUGCGUGUGCGAGCGGGCGGCGGUGCCCUGCAGCCCGGGCAGCCCGCGCCCCCCGCCCCGCGGCCGGCCCGGCCCGCGCCCCCCGCCGCGGCGGCGCCCCCGCCGCCCAGCCCCGCGCCCGGCCAUGGAGCGCCGCAGCCGCCCCGCCGCCGCCGCCGCCGCCGCCUGAGCGCCCGCCGGGCUCCCCGCCGGGCUCCCGCGCCCCGGAGCCGAGCGGCGCGGAGCCGAGCGCAGGCAGCGGGCGGGGGCUGCCGAGCCCCGCCAGCCGGAGCCACGGGACCCGCCGCGCGUCCGAGCGGCGGCAGCAGCCCGCGGAGGGCUCUUCCUCGCCUGUUGUGGGGGUUUUUUUCCCCCCUUUUCUUUCCUUUUUUUUUUUUUUUGGCUUUUAUUCGGGUUUUUUUUUCCCUUUUCCCCUCCCCUUCGCACUCGCCCGGCUCUGCGGACGUGCUCGCUCCCGGAGGAAGGCAGCCGCGCUGCCCCGGCGCCCGCAGCCGGCCGGAGCGCCCCGCGCCCGCGGAGAGCGGCCCCGCGCCCCGCCGAGCCCCAGGGACCCUGCGGAUGUGCGAAGCUCUCCUCCGGCCGCCCUUCCUCCUCCCGGCUUGCCUGCGGGGCGCACCACCUCUUUAUCCUCCUGCACCUACAUUUUUUUUUCUUAAGCAGACCUGAACAGCACCGCGGGCGGGGAGGCUGGGUGGGGGGCCCAGCGGCGCUGCCACACCGACCCCUGCCCAUUUCUGCUAAGGAACUCUCAUGGCUUCACAGCUGCAGACAAGUUGCCCUGCAUCUUGGUGGACUAUCGGAGUUUGCAUCCUGGCGGCCGCGCUCCUACCAGGGCUGCAAGCUCAGACUGUCAUAGUCAAUGACACAGUGUCGGGGUUCAUCGGGACAGAUGUGGUCCUGCACUGCAGCUUCACCAAUCUGCUUCCCAAUGUGAAGAUCACACAGGUCACGUGGCAGAAAGCCACCAAUGGCUCCAAGCAAAAUGUGGCCAUCUACAACCCUGCCAUGGGGGUCUCCAUCCUGUCUCCCUACAAAGACCGGGUGACUUUCCGGAACCCUUCCUUCAAAGAUGUCACCAUUCAACUCUCUCGGCUAGAGCUGGAGGAUGAAGGAGUUUACAUCUGUGAGUUUGCUACCUUCCCAACUGGCAACCGGGAAAGUCAACUGAACCUCACUGUGCUGGCCAAACCCACAAAUUGGAUGGAGGGCACCACCCGACCACUUAUUGCUAAGUCUGGCAGGACAGAAAAGAUCUUGGUGGCUACUUGCACCUCCUCUAAUGGGAAGCCCCCCAGCACUGUCACUUGGGAUACCAAGCUCAAAGGUGAAGCGGAGUUUCAGGAGAUCCGGAAUAGCAAUGGGACCAUCACGGUGAUCAGCCGGUACCGGCUGGUGCCAAGCCGGGAGGCCCACCGGCAGCAGCUCAUGUGUGUGGUGAAUUAUCAGCUGGACCGCUUCACUGACAGCAUGACCCUCAACGUACAGUAUGAGCCAGAAGUCACUAUUGAGGGCUUUGAUGGCAACUGGUUUCUCAACCGGAAGGAUGUAAAGCUGAUAUGCAAAUCUGAUGCUAACCCCCCGGCUCACACCUAUGAAUGGAAACUGCCAAACGGGACCCUGCCAGGGAGCGUGGAAAUCCAGAACAACACCAUCUACUUUAAAGGGCCUGUUUCCUACAGUGUGGCUGGCACUUACAUCUGUGAAGCCUCCAAUGCCAUCGGUACACGAUCGGGCUUGGUGGAAGUCAAUGUCACAGAAUUUCCCUACACCCCGUCUCCAACCGAUGAUCGCAAAUCCGUGGUGCAGCCGAACAUCCCCACACCCGUGAUUGGGGGCAUAGCGGGAGGAGUCUCGCUGGUCCUGGUGGUGGCCGUGGUGCUCGUGGUGGUGCUCCGGCGCCGGCGGCACACCUUCAAGGGUGACUACAGCACAAAGAAGCACGUGUACGGCAACGGCUACAGCAAGGCCGGCAUCCCGCAGCACCACCCCCCCAUGGCCCAAAACCUGCAGUACCCCGACGACUCGGACGACGAGAAGAAGCCGGGCCCGCUGGGCGGCAGCACCUACGAGGACGAGGACGAGGACGCGGGAGGCGAGCGCAAGCUGGGCGGCCCCAACAAGUACGAGGAGGAUGCUAAGCGGCCUUACUUCACAGUCGACGAGGGGGAGGCCCACCCCGAGCCUUACGACGAGAGGACACUCGGCUUCCAGUACGACACCGAGCAGCUAGACAUGACGGAGAACAUGGUCUCGCAGAACGACGGAUCUUUUAUUUCCAAAAAGGAGUGGUACGUGUAGCUCGGCCCCCUCGCUCCGCCAGCGCGCACACACACCCCCCCACGCAAGCGACGCCCCCCGCUCCCCCGCACCCCCGGCGCCCGGGCCGCUCGCCCCCGCACCGCACGCGCCGCGCUCGCGCCCUCCCGCCCCGCAGCCGCGGACUUCGGACGCUCCUGCCCCCGGCGCGGGGGCGGCCGGGGCGAGCGGCGCGGCAGGGCGGCUUUGCUUACGGAUCAUUUUGGGGGGGGGGAACAGGGGGAGGCGGGAGGUUGGGUAAUUAUUUUCUCGGUUUUGGUUUUUGCUUUUUAAUUUCCCUGACAACUUUCGUCCCCUUCUGUGGUGUUUGUGUUGGUCGGUGGCUUAGGUGUUGCUCUUUGCUUUAACGACUGUUGCCCAGCCUGUAUAUUACACUCCGUUUGUGUCUUCACGUCUCGGACUGCCCUUCAGCCCCGCUUCCCUCCCCGAGUUUCUUCCUCCCACCUCCGAACCCCCAAAAACACUGGAAUUUGUUUGUAUGUUGUCGUCGUCUUCUGUUUUUAACCCCGGGAGGGGGCCAGGUGGGCUGGCCGUAGGACAGAGGCCAGAAGAGCCAAUGGGGAAGGAAACUUAGGUGCUGUUAUGAGAUGAACUGAUUUUUUUUUCCUGCUUGCUUGGUUUUCCGUGGGGUUUGGGUAGCGUUCCCAUUGCCCACAGCCCGCCGGGGAGACCCACUCCCAGCUUUUAAUAACUGAGUAAAAGGAAAAAGGGGAGAGAGGGGGGAGAAACAGCCCUGGAAGAAACCCCAGGUGCACGGGCUGAUAGCAGGGCAGGGAGACGGAGCUACCAUUUUCCUCCUGCAAUUUAUUAUUUCCUGGCUUUUCAUUUUCUGUCUUUGUUUGAGUGUUCUUUUAAAAGAAAGAAAAGGAGUAUUUAUUGCUGACAUUUUUUUCCCCCGUGAUGGCUCAGAGAAGUGCUGGCUCUUUCUGUUAUUGUUAUUAUUGUUGCUAGUACUGGCCAUGGAGCAGUUGACGCUGGCACAUCUAUUGUAUAAACACACGCAUUGCUGUGUACGCUGCACACACCUUGCUGCCCUUGCCCAGCGAAGGGGACCAACUGAUACCGCUUCACUUCUCCCACAAACUCACGCCUUCAGCCCUGGUCCGCAGAGCCCCGCGGGGCAGUUUCUCCCAGGGUACAAUCCCGUGUCUUUGAGGGUUUCAGUACGCUCUGGAUCCAGCCCCCUAGGUUUUAUUAUACCACUAAGGCUUAAUCGUCACGUGUUUACACCCUUUUUUUAAUUUUUUUGGUCAGAGCAUGGGGGCAGCUGUCUCUAACCUUUAGCAACAACCCUAGCUUUCAGAUAUAUUGCUUAGUCUGCAUUGAUUGCCACUUUCCCAAUAUCCCAUCCCUCUCCUAAGCCAAGCCUGGGCAGAUAGGGCAGGCAUGCGUGAGCCUGGGGUAUUGAUCUAAUCCUCCUUCCCUCGUGCCACCGCGCUGUGGCGGGGAGGCUUGGACUGCUGCUAUCUCUGCUCUGUGGAUAAAUGGGGUCCAGACUCCAGGGCCCUCUGUCUGACACUGACCGUCUCCAGAUGAGAUUCACUGGGUUGGGGUUUUUUUUUUUCCUUCUUGUGUGUGUGUGUGUGUGCGUGUGCGUAUGUGUUUUAAUUUGAUGUAUAAAUAAAUCUUUUGUUUGGAAAGAAAUCCCCAGUUUUCUGAGCUGUAUUAUCAUGCAUAUCUAAAUAUAGCAGGACUAAUUCUCCUCCUGCCUUACCCGCUGGGUUUUGUUCCAUAGCAUCCAGCGGUUAUCCUGCUAGAACGGGGAGGGUGGAGAGUCAGACCCAUGCAGAUGAGUCAAGGCCAGACCUCUGACCCAUGCCGCCCCCGACGCUUUCAUUGAGAGUGCAGUGCUUUGGCCAGACAACACCAAACUCAACCCAACCUCAAGCUACAACGUUUUGUAGCUUGCUUUUAUUGUGUUAGUGGUGUAAGGGAAUGGGAAAUCCGAUUGUUAUACUGUAAUCUUUCUGCUGUUCCUGCCAGCCCUCUGUGCUUCCUGGUUUCUGGCAGAAGAGACAAAUAGCAUAGGAAGGCUGUUUUGUAUCCACUUGAACCAGGACAGACAGAGACUCCCGUGGGAUCUCUAGGGCUGGACCUCAAGAAAAAAGGCUAAACCUUCCUGUGUCCGUCCUUAGCUGCCAGGAGUGUGGGGGCAUCAGAGACCAUGCCAGCCAAGUUCAUCCUCAUUCCAAAUGUGAAAGCCCACAGCGUAUGGAUUUAGUUAGAAUGGAUUCUCAUUUUCCACCUCCAGCCCCACUACCAAGCAAACCCCCCAAUGAGGGAAAUGAAAUUUCUGACAUUUCUCCAUCUUUCUGAUUAGCAGUAGGGGCUGAUUAUUAGGGGCUGUUGUAAACCUGCAGAGGGAAUGACUUCCCUCUCGUGCCUUGGAAAACAGCAUACACAGGGCUUUAAUCCCCCACCACCCAAGUCUGAACCCUGUAAUCUGGGUCAGGACAGAACAGCAUUGCUAAGCACUGUACCUUUGCCAUGACUUACUGUAAUCUAACAUUGGGGUAUGCAGCAGAUCCUGCAUAGUUUGUAGUUCAGAAAUGGGUCUUACCAAAGUUCUGCCCUGAAGUGAAUAAUCCUUUAGAUCCGAAUUUCAUAACUAGGCUCUGAAAAGGCCUGUGACAAAGUCUCAAAGCCCAAAUUUUGGGCAACCCAAGAUUGAGCACAGGGUGGAAAUCUGGUGGCAUGGACCCUCUCUGCAAAUUGUCCCCUGCACAGAUACACACUGCAAGGAGAUGGAUGGAUUUGGGAAAAAAACACAACCUUUUAGAAAAUCCUCAGGGUCCAGCAGAAAUUCUUUCAUGUUCUGCGUUAGUCAUGGGCAGGAGCCGCUAAUCUCAUCUGGCAAACUCACAUUGCACUGAAUACGCAGCAUUGCAGCAGGGAGACCUUGAUGUCCCAGCUCCUUGCUAGCCCCGCAGAGCCUUUAGAGACCAGCUGGUGACAGAGCCCCCAACUGUCAGUCGCGCUCCUUGUUUGCAGCAAAUGGAAGUGGCAGAUGCCAUGGUCUGUGUGUGCAAAUACGCCGUGGUGAAGCGAGGUUGUGCUUGCUAGCAGCCCCAGAGCGCGCUCUGGUGCGGGGGGCAGCUGCGUGAGGCAUUGCAUCUUGUGCAUCUGGAGCACAAAUCACUGAACAGGACCACUGUGCACCAGCACAAGUCUAGGAAGAAGCCCUGCCACAUUAGCUCAUUAGUGUGGUUCAGAAGAAGGGUCAAAUGAUUAUUUUCUGCCCAGGAUCUGGGGAAGCCUGGAGUGGAAGAUCCAUAAUACUGCAGGGCAUAGCAGUGAGGUACUCUGCAAGUUCAAGAUUGGGUAGUCCUUUCCCUCACCUCCUCAUCCCUGGGCCCUUCAGCAUGUAAUUGCCCCCCACAGCCAUAGAGAAAUGCCACCUCUGUGCAGCGGUUAGCUUCUGGCUGUCCCUUGCAAGGUCAGCUAAUUGGCCAAGAGACUCUUGGGGUGGUAAUUGGCCAGGUGAUUAGCCCUUCAGCUACAGUGCGGAAGGAGAAAAAAUGUGCGAAAGAAAAUUAGAUUGAUGUUUCAUCUGAGAGCCGCUUUGAUACAAUAACAGUAUCACUCCCUUCUCUGGGUUAAGUUGCUCUGAGGGGGCCCUUGAAGGUAAUUAGAUGAGUUUUUCCACUAGCCUCAGGAAUAAGGUGAUACCUGUCUGUACCUGAAUGUGGAGGGCGAGCUCAUUAGAGAUGCCAAAUUUGAAGCCCAUGUAAAUCCUGCUUCCUGGGAGCUGCUGCAGGGGAGUGAAAGUGUUGGAGUUGGCCCAGCACUCAUCCUGGUGCUGCUGUCGGCCAGGCGACUGAGAGCUCAGGGAGAGGAAGGAUCUAUUUAUUCCUUUCCUUGGGGAUGGUAUCACUUGCCCCUUUGUGCUUCGCCUUCUCUGGAUGGGCCAGAUGCUGGCAGACUGGAGUCAAGGCACCACUUCUAAGUGAUCCACUUUUUACCGCUAUGUAUGUUCGCUCACAGUCUGGGCCAGCUGGGCCACCUCUCUGAGUGAUCCUCACGCUGACUUAAGUGAAAAUUCCCUGCCUCUCCACUCCCCUUUUAUCAGAGGUGCUAAGGAGGUGUAAAGGGUCCUUGUUGGACCUGACAAAGAGCAAACAGAAGCUGCCUUUUGGGAGAUCAAAGCUGUUUGUUGUGGCAUCCUUCCCUUCACACCCAGGAGCUGUAUGCUGGUGUGGUGAUUCCCCUGGGCAUCCCUUGGGUGAGGCUGGAGCAUGUUCCCAUAAUCUCUCAGGCCUGCUGGCACAGAGUUGGCCUUCUCUCCGGCUAGGUGCUAGGAAAAUGCUGCUAUCCAGGAAAUUGCCCCACUUCAGGCUGGAACUGAACUUGUAUAUCCCAUUAGUUGUACAUGAGUUUGCUUUUUGCUUGGGCAGGGCACUCCUUGUGCUCCCAGGAAAGUGUCCACUGCCUAGGGACUGGGUGUUUGCCAAGUGCCUCAGAGGCAUGGCCAUUUGCCUUGCCUCCAGUUGAAAGGAGGUGCAUUGUCCAGGUCCCUUUACUGGGUUCUUGCCAGCAAAGAGACAUAUCAGCAUGGUGCUUUUCUCUUUGCCCUUCCCAAACCCUGAUCCUGGAAGGCAACUUGAGGCAAAACCUGUGGCACUUCAAGAUUAGGACAGGCAGAUGGGGAAGCCUGAACAGGUAUAUGAGGCAGAAGUGGCCUUGGGUCAAUUUAAGCCCUUGUGGUACAUCACUGCGGAUUUCACCGCAGGAGACGGCCCGCUAAAGGAAAUGCAGGUGCAUUUGGGGCGAGCUCCUAACUCCUUCCCUGUUUGUAUGCAGGGAGCUGUACUGAAGCAGACACAUCUGUGUCACAACCCGAAAUGAGCAUGUAGUUUAUGUACAAAAACACCCCAGCUGUUUCCCUGCUGGGGCUUCUGUCUGGGAUUAUUCGUUGCAAUUCACCCUAGUGAUGUUAUUUUCCCUUAUUUAAUUACAAGAUCUUUUUUUCCCUCUUGUUAAAUCAUUUUCAUUCAGCCAGGGGAAAAAAUAAUACAAAAAAUAAGAUUUCUUUAGGAAAAAAAAAUCAGACAAACUCAAAUGGUAGCACCAAAUUGAUUGCAAAGACAUAAGGAACAAAGCAAGCCAUUUUCCUAAUGUUGAGACAAAAAAGAAACACAACAACUGUUCAGCAGAAAUCACUGAGGGUUAGAGAGAGAGAUUCAAAAGAUUGAUCUCCAGGCAAUUAGAGAAGGGAAUGCAAUUAGAAGGGGGGCUGCUGGACUCCUUUGCUGUUUCUUUCUCAUACACACAGACAUACACGCACACACACACAUACACGUGCACACACAGAUUUUCGGAGCUUCAGGCUGUUGGUCAUUAUGCUGAAAGAGUGGAGGGAAAAGCUGCAUCUUACAGCUUAGUGCUCAGUUGCUCAAAAGGGCAGGAGAUGGGCAAAUAUGUCAUGUUAGCCAGCUGCACAAAGCUCUGAGAAGUAUUUAUAAUGUAGAAAUGGGGGUGGGAGGUGGGGGGUAUGCCAGGCCCAUUUUUUCUAAGAGAAAAAGCAAUAGGGUAUAUUGCAGGUGAGCUGUCUGGUAAAAAGGUUAAUGAUUUUUCUGGUUGGCUUGUGGUGAUGGGUAGAGACUCCACUACCCCUGUGCAAACUGGACAGGAGGUGCUGCUGCAAACGCCUGAGAAGGCUGUUUGGAGGCGCAGACUUUGGUCUUGGCUUCUCCUAGCCACGGAGGUUCUGCAGAGACGCUUUUGAACCGUCGUGGUUUCGAACAUGUGGUCUACAUGAGGGCUUCAUUCAAAGAGCCCGCGCGAGCUGAUCAAGGAGAGCAAACCUUUGUCCAGCAAGUUAAAAUUCACUGUAAGGUUCCCACUUCUGCCGUAGCACCAAAGUUACAGGGUCUGUGUUUGCUCUGCUGGGCCGUGGGCAGUGGGCCCUGGCGGGAAGAGGAGGAGACUGCCAGCAUCGUGUGCACUGAUGCCUGUUUUUUAGUCUACGUGGCUUUCAAUAGCACUUUACCCUCCCCUAGUUCGCAAAUCCCCUCCUCUUUCCUUCCCCUUUGUAUUUGAUGCAAUUUGUUGUUGAUUUGAGCAACUCCUUGAGAGAGGCAGGGGAAGCCUGGGGGUGGGGAAGGGGAGGGUGAGAUGCCUUGGGUCCACACGCUGCUCCUGAAACUUGCCCACCUCUGCUCCGAGGGCUGGUCGUCCUGCAGCAGCAGGUCGGGAAGGCCAAACGCUGGGCCAGGCAGAGGAGCCAGGAGAAGGCCAGCAGCUUGCGGAGAGGACAGCCAGGGCUGGGGUGCGGGUGGUGGAUGGCGCUGGCCCUCUGCAGCGGCAUGAGGGGGAAGAAUUCAGUCCACCAGCAAAGGAAGGAAACCCAAGCCUUAGGGGGGUGAGUUCGUACUUUGGACCAGCGUGACUUUCCAUAUGUUAUGUACUUGAGGGUGAAUGUAAUAAGCAUAUGGAGUCAGAUCCUCCACUAGCAUAAACUGGCACUUGUGGAGCUACUCUCAUUGAGGAUCUGGUUUUUCUUUUUCUUUCUUUUUUUUUUUUUUUUGCAUUCUUUUUUUUUUUCAAAGUGUGAUUCCUUAACUCCAGUGAUUUUAUCUCUCUUUUUCUUCUUCCUCUUGCUGUAAUUAUCAUUGUGGAAUAAGGACUACAGACAGACAAACAACCCCAACCCCACUUUUUUUUUUGUAAUCUGUGUUGUAAGUGCUUUUGUAAAAAAUAAAAAAUAAAAAUAAUAAUAAUGUAACGGACUUUUAUGAUUUUUGAUUUUUUUGUUUUCCAUCCUUUGUAAUAAUUUGUUUGUUUGGGGUCCAGGGGGGGCAUUUUCAUGGUUAUAAUUUGUGUGGGCAGGGUGUUGCAUCACCCUUCCUUUUACUUGUAUAAAAAACAAUAGUGGCUCAGCUGUGGAAAAAAAUGUACUUUUUUAUAAAUAAAGAAUUUUAAAAAAAGAAA